UGUAACGGUACAUCCACCAUCCGCUCCCUGCAGCGUGGCAGCGGCCUGGCAGGUUCACCUCGCUCCCAUCCUCAUGACAGACCCAGCCGAGAAGUUUCCUGCAGGAGAAGCGUCCCAGAUGAGAGGACCCGGUGCCGCUGCUCCCCCCACGGCGCUCAGCGGGCUGUGGCACUGCGGGUCCGUCCGGAGGAACAGCCGCCUGCUGCCCGGCUCUGUGCCGCCUGGACUCCGGAGCAGAGUCCCGCUCAGGCUGCCGUCUCUGACGGCCAAAGCACCCCGCAGGCGGAGCAGCAUGGCCCGCCUCAGCCUGAGCGAACCGUCCCUCCUCUCCCCGGGUCAGGACCUCCAGGUGGACGGAUGUUCUGGGUCUCGUCUCUCCAGCUGUUUACAGAUGCGGCCUCCACCUCCUCCAUCCUUCAGCAAACCCCCCACCCUGCUGCCCUGUAGGAACUGCGACCAGCAGCACAACCAGCAGCUCCAGAGCUGCGGCCGACCGGCCUACAUCCACUUCUCCCGGGCCAUCCGGCCCGCUGCCCGGCCCGCUCCGGUGAGGCGGCACUCACACAACCCGGAUGUGAGCGCAGAGGUGCUGCAGGGUAACUUCCGGCGCCGCAACUCCACUUCCUGCCAGGGAGAGACUCUGUUUGUGGUGGGGAAGCCGUGUUUCCUGGGCUGCGGCCCGCGGCCCCCUGCGGCUGCCGGGCCUGCGGGUCGAGCUCAGCUCCACGUCUUUCUGCCCAGCGAGGCCAAACCGGAGGAGGCGGACAGGGAAUCCGUGGAUGAAGGUUUCAUGGAUGAGCUGGACUGCAGGAUUACAGCUCUGAAGCUGCAGAACGCCCUCACCAACAACUCCUAGAAAAAAUUUAUUUCUACCUUGAUCUGAUUAGAUCAAGGUAGAAAUUCAACCAUUUUGUGGACUUUGACCUCUGACCCUACCAGGAGUCUGACCAGAAGAGUUUCAUCAUCAGACGUCAGAGAUUAAAUGGAGGGAUUAUUUUAUUUUUUAUGGUGUAAAAACCAUUGGAUGAAUAUUUCUAACUGUUAGUGGCGCAAAAAGUGGAUAUUAGCUCGAUAUGCUACGUGGGUGCUCCACUAGAGGGGGCGCCAAACAACUGCGUAAAAAAUAUUUCUAGUCUGCAUUUUCUGCAUUUGACUGCUGUUUAUAGUGCGUUAUACAAAAGUCACGCUGCAGCACACACCAGAAAGUACAAAGUUGC